AUGCUGACGUUUUUGGUGUGUAGCCAGAUUCCUCGCCGUCAGGUCCAGGGGACAACAGCACAGCGGGCUCGAAACCAGCAGCAGCAGCAUGCCUCGCGAAAGCGUGCCCCGUUGUGUCCCGAGGCCCAUAAAAUUUUGGAUAAGGAGCCCGUCGUGGGAUGGGGACACAGAGAGGGUAAGGGGUGCGUCUACGUAGCCGAGCGUGAUGACCGCGAUGGUCAAUGGAAGAUCGGCGAAUCGGCGGAAUACCCCCCGGAGCGACGCAUGAAAGAAAUCAAGUGUACAGUCUUCGAGUCAUACCCCACCAACUUCAGGUUGAAGAUGGAGAACAUGAUGAAAGCCGAACUCCAGAACUUCAAGUUACCUGGGAAGGUUCCCCAGGAAAACGGAGGAUCCGAGUGGUACGGGAAAGGGCUAAAGAGUGAUCUCAUUGAUGCAAGAGCAAAAUUAUGUAAGAAGGAGAUUGAGUACCAGUGGGGGUAGUGUUCGAGUCGUCUCGGGACGUAGGAAGGGAGUGGGCGUCUCGCGGGUGGUCCGGGAAAAUGAUGUUGGUCAACAACCGGCAAUAGGCGGGCGAGGCAAGGUCGUCGGGAAUCACACGUGUUGGGGGUUGUGUUAGGUGGUGGGGUUGGGGUUGUGUAGUCUCGAGUUUCGGAGGGACCGAGUUGUACUGUUCGAGUAGGAAGUAGUUUUUCGAGUUUUCUGGGGUUUCAGGAGGCACGCCCGGAAGUGGGGAGUCGGUGUCCAUGUCUGGACUUCUCACGGGAAGUCCAGGGAUCUGAUCAUGGUUAAUUUGGGUUAGGGUUGGUCUAGCUGUGUGGUUGGGGUUAUCUUUCUGCCUUUUACGUAGUCACUG